GCAAGCGAUUGGGUCUUUCAUUAGUCUGUGACAUGUAAUGUAUAAUGGAUCAGAGCGGAAGUGGUAAACCCAGCAGCACUCACAAAACCACCCCUCGACGACUGAAAUUCCGCCGUGGACUUCCGAAUCAGUUUUAUCUCGCACCCCCCAGUCUGAAAACCCUAGCCAUCCCAUCCCAACCACGAAAUCUCGAAAAAAAAAUUGGUUGUGGAGAAUUUGAUGUAACAAGGAAUCUGACGACCAAGAGAGAAGCGUUUAUUGGUUCCCAACUUUACCAAUUUCUUUAAUCUCCUCACUGGAAAUUUAACAAAAUCCAAGAUACAGCGACCAGGUUCCGGGGGCGACUUGCCCCAGAGUGGCGAGUUUAACCCUUUCCCUGUAGCACGGAGGGUCAACUCCUUCCAAGCUGUUGCUAUGGAUGACGAUAUGGAGACUGGGAAUUUGGGGCCUUAUCAGGAAAGGCCACGCACAUUCCCCAACAUGCGUAGUAAACCUUACACACCUUUGAUCUUUCGUCUACUCAUGAGAAUAAAUAGUCGAGUUCUUUUGGUGCUUCUGCUCUUUGGAUUUGGAGCUCUAUUUUAUAUUGGUGCAAGAACCUCUCCGACUAUUGUGUUUGUAUACACUGUCUGCAUAAUCAGUUUUAUCGUCUCUAUAUACCUUACUAAGUGGGUACUUGCUAAGGAUGAGGGGCCUCCUGAGAUGGUUCAGAUAUCAGAAGCUAUACGUGAUGGUGCUGAAGGUUUCUUUAGGACUCAGUACGGAACUAUUUCAAAGAUGGCUGUUUUACUAGGAUUAGUAAUCCUUGUCAUUUACCUGUUUCGCAGUACAACUCCUCAGCAAGAAGCUUCUGGUGUGGGGAGGACAGCAACUGCUUAUAUUACUGUUGCUGCCUUUUUCCUUGGGGCUCUUUGCUCUGGUCUUGCUGGCUAUGUGGGGAUGUGGGUCUCUGUACGUGCAAAUGUUCGAGUCUCAAGUGCAGCGAGACGAUCUGCAAGAGAGGCAUUGCAGAUUGCUGUUCGUGCUGGUGGUUUUUCUGCUUUGAUUGUUGUUGGAAUGGCUGUCCUUGGUAUUGCUAUUCUUUAUUCCACCUUUUAUGUUUGGUUGGGAGUAGAUUCACCAGGUGGCAUGAAGAUUACUGACUUACCUCUUCUUCUCGUUGGAUAUGGGUUUGGAGCUUCAUUUGUUGCACUUUUUGCUCAGUUGGGGGGUGGAAUAUAUACCAAAGCAGCUGAUGUUGGAGCUGACCUUGUUGGAAAGGUGGAGCAGGGUAUUCCCGAAGAUGAUCCACGUAAUCCGGCUGUAAUUGCUGACUUGGUUGGAGACAAUGUUGGUGACUGUGCUGCUCGAGGUGCCGAUCUGUUCGAAAGUAUUGCUGCAGAAAUAAUUAGUGCAAUGAUAUUAGGUGGAUCAAUGGCACAACGCUGUAAAAUCGAAGAUCCAUCAGGCUUCAUUCUGUUUCCUCUUGUUGUUCACUCAUUUGACCUGAUCAUAUCAUCAGUCGGAAUCUUUUCUAUUCGGGGUACACGUGACUCCGGAGUCAUUAGUGCUCCGGAGGAUCCAAUGGCAAUUCUUGAGAAAGGAUAUUCUAUAACAAUAGUCUUAGCUGUUCUGACAUUUGGUUUGUCCACACGCUGGAUGCUGUAUACAGAACAAGCACCUUCCGCGUGGUUUAACUUUGCCUUGUGUGGUCUGGUUGGGAUUACGACGGCUUAUAUCUUUGUCUGGAUCACAAAGUAUUACACUGAUUACAAGCAUGAGCCUGUACGCACAUUAGCACUUGCUAGCACCACUGGACAUGGAACCAAUAUAAUUGCUGGAGUUAGUUUGGGUCUGGAAUCAACAGCUCUUCCUGUUCUCGUUAUUAGCACGUCUAUCAUCGCAGCAUAUUGGCUGGGCCAAACUUCGGGACUGGUUGAUGAGUCUGGUAAUCCAACCGGUGGGUUAUUCGGAACAGCUGUUGCCACUAUGGGAAUGCUCAGUACAGCAGCGUAUGUUCUUACGAUGGAUAUGUUUGGUCCAAUAGCUGACAAUGCUGGUGGAAUUGUAGAAAUGAGUCAGCAGCCUGAAAGUGUUCGUGAAAUUACCGAUGUUCUUGAUGCGGUUGGCAAUACUACAAAAGCUACGACCAAGGGAUUUGCGAUUGGAUCUGCAGCACUGGCAUCUUUUCUUCUUUUUAGUGCUUACAUGGAUGAAGUUUCUACCUUUUCCCACCUACCCUUUGCUCAGGUCGACAUCGCCAUUCCCGAAGUCUUUGUUGGUGGAUUAUUGGGCUCUAUGCUUAUAUUCCUAUUUAGUGCGUGGGCCUGUGCUGCAGUUGGUCGAACUGCUCAGGAGGUAGUUAAAGAAGUGAGAAGACAAUUCAUUGAGAGGCCAGGGAUCAUGGAUUAUAAGGAGAAACCUGAUUACGGUCGGUGCGUAUCUAUUGUAGCAUCUGCUUCUUUAAGGGAGAUGAUAAAGCCUGGAGCAUUGGCCAUUAUAUCACCCAUAGCUGUUGGUCUUAUAUUCAAGGUACUAGGGUACUACACGGGCCAUCCUCUGCUAGGGGCAAAAGUUGUGGCUUCGAUGUUAAUGUUCGCCACAGUUUCUGGUAUACUAAUGGCUCUUUUCCUCAACACAUCUGGAGGCGCGUGGGAUAAUGCAAAGAAAUACAUAGAAACAGGUGCCCUUGGAGGCAAAGGGAGCGAGUGCCACAAAGCAGCUAUUACCGGUGAUACUGUGGGGGACCCGUUCAAAGACACUGCAGGACCAUCUCUACAUGUUCUGAUAAAAAUGCUGGCUACAAUAACUCUGGUAAUGGCUCCUGUUUUCCUGUGAAUUGUUACUCAACAUUAUUCCCGGGCACACCAUUUUUCUUCUUCUCUCAGAUUGGAUAUAGAAACGAGUUUUUUUUCUUCGGUUUAAUGUAAUUGAUGGUGCCUGCUGCUCAAAGUAAAGUUAAUUUUAACAUCAACCUUGUUUUUCUAGCUUUAUUAUAUGAAUAAGAGAUUUUAUUAGUGGAAAUGCUCAUACUUUUUCUUGACUGA